AUGUCAGUGCUGACACGAGUGAGAUACACUGUCAGUGCUGACACUAGUGAGACUGUCAAUACUGACAAUGGAGAGACUCUCAGUGCUGACACUAGUGAGACUGUGAGUGCUGACACUAGUGAGACUGUGAGUGUUAACACCAGUAAUAAACAGCUGUGGAGGAGCGGCGAUGUGGGCGGGGGUGUGGGCGGGGGUGUGGGUGGCGGUGUGGGCGGUGGCCGCUGCUUUAGCAAGUUCGUCCACAAACAACGAAGCUCAGAAAGAAUCGAGGAAAACCAAGAAUUACAAAGCCAAGAGGAGAGAGACAAGAAAACGCUCAUCCUGGCGCAGAUCAAUCCCACUCAGUGUACCACCAACGACGCCAUCCACACACUGGGGACCUGUAUGCCGCUCGUUGAAUGCAGAAGCACAGGAGGCGUAGCUAAAGGUUAUUGUGUUAGUGGACUGGCCGUCUGUUGCUUAGCCACAAGGACGUGUAACACGGCUACCAGACAAAACAAUACCUACUUCGUCAACCCCAGCAGCCCAGAGUUAACCUGUCCACUCACUAUCAAUCUAAUGAGCAACAACAUCUGCCAAUUGAGAUUAGACUUCAUUGAAUUCAUCCUCUCCCAACCCAGCAGUGACAGUGUCUGUGACACAGAGCUGCUGAUAGUCAGCGGUGGGUCGUCUAAUUUGCCAGCGAUCUGUGGCACCAUGACUGGUCAACACAUAUACUACACGGUGGAUCAAAGUGUUGGUCCUGUGAAGCUGACCAUUGAUCGCAAGGACCUGACGUCUUCGGGUAACGUCUGGAACAUUAAGGUCACACAGAUUCCAUGUGACUCCAGGUACCGAGCCCCUGAAGGGUGCCUGCAGUACUACACACAAGCUCAAGGUACUAUCAACAGCUUUAACUACGCCAACACGGCCACUGUUCCUAUCCAGGCAGAAACAAGACAGCUGGCUAACCAAGACUACAGUGUGUGUAUCAAGCAAGCUGAUAACGCCUGUGGCAUCACCUAUACGAGUAAUAACGUUGGUGGCGUCUUCAGCUUCACUCUCACAGGAGAGGCUAACAGUACGUCCGCUGGUGAAUUCAAUAAGGAUUUCCUGAACACGAACUGCACGACAGACUACAUCGUGAUCCCCGGCGGCUUCUACACACACGGUGGAUCUGAAAGCAUUCCUGCAGACAGAUAUUGCGGCGUCGGCUUCCCCACCUCCGUCGUUAGUACUUUUCACCCUUUCCUACUGUACGUGAGGACGGAUGGCACCGAGGACAUGGACAUGAAUAAUCGAGGCUUCAGCCUGAACUACGUACAGACAGACAUUUGCGAAUAGAUGGUUAAUUGGACUUAAAGCCUAUAUGGACUACACGAGGCUGCCUGCUCAUCACCUGGCUAGAAUGAGUCAACAAUCAAAAUUCUCCAUGGAGAAGUGAAACAGAAUUCUUCCUCCGUAAGCCAUGAGUAUCGUAAGAGGCGACUAAAAUGCCGAGAGCAAGAGGCUAGUAACCCCUUCUCCUGUAUACAUUACUAAAUUUAAAAAGAGAAACUUUAGUUUUUCUUUAUAGGUCACCUUGCCUCGGUGGGAUGCGGCCUAGUCGUUAAAGAAGAAAAAAACUAGUAUACCUGGAGAGGGUUUCGGGGUCAACGCCCCGCGGCUCGGUCUGGGACCAGGCCUCGUGGUGGAUCAGGGCCUGAUCAACCAGGCUGUUACUGCUGUAAAUGUUACCAUUUUAUUGAUUAGGAAUUCUUGGUAGUCAUGUACGACUAUGUUACAGUAUCAUUGCAGUUAUAGUUCCCACUUAACAUUAUUUUAUCACCCCUUACUACCUGUUAGACGCAUUAGAGUUGCAAAUUCUCUAUGCAUUGCCUGAUAUGACUUGUAUCUAGACUGUAGUACAGUGGUAGAGUAUAUAGAUAGUAUGUAAAUAAGACACAAUAUGGUGUAUGUUCGUGAAGACUUAUUCACCAGAGUCUUGAUCAGUUGCUAAAGUAACGUAAAUUACUCAAUUUUAUUUCUGUAAAAUUGAUUUACAGAAAAUGUGUUUGUAUUAAUACAGUUUACAGAGUCCCUGGUUAUGCAGAAAUGUUUCGUGGUGAACGAUAUAUUAAUAUUAUUAUUAAAGAUUCGCCGGUAUUCUCCCGGCCCGGGCCUUUUCCAAGUGGUGGCCCGGCCUUGGCUCCCUCUUUAGGGAGUGUCUGAGACCUAAGUCUCCCAUGGGAGGAGGCACAAGUACUUCCUCAUCUUUGGGACCAACUGUCCCCAGGCCUAGCCACAAGCUAGGCCCCUCUGGUCUGCCAUCCCCGCCCCAAGGGGGCAAAUGGGAAUGACAGUCUUGUGAGCUACAAGCUCGGGCUCAGGCACCUACCCUACCCUAGAAGGGCUGGGCAUGGUGUCGAUGAACGACAUAACUUCAUGAUAAAAUACGUGUCUUGAAAAUACAAUUUAACAACUCUUGUUAUUUUACUAAGCUAGCCUAUUAAUUUCUAACAAUUAGCUAUUAUUUUAGUAAUAUGACCCUUCUUAGUUUAUGCUAAGUAAUUUAUAUUAUGUAUGAUAACUGUAUUUACAUGUACCUGUUCCUAAAUAAACUUAUUGGAUCAUCCAUCAAGUUUUGAGGAGUCAUUCACUCGUUAUUUAGAGAAUUGUAUUUCUGCG